ACAUCUGCCCGUGGGUCACCAAGUUAUCCUUGAGGGUCUCGGGAAGCCCGUACUCUUCUCUGCGGCCUUUCACUUCUGCUCACCGAAGGACUCCCACCCGGAUCGCACUUUCUCCCGUGAUGACUGAGCAGGCGGUAGGAGGCCUGGAGUUUGGAGCUUCAAAGGGAUCCUGAAACUGGAACAGCCCAGUCACAGAUCUCGCGCCGCAGUGGGGUCGGGAGCGCCCCGCGGCUCCACUAGGAGGCUCCUUGUCUUCCCGCCGAAGGGCUGUCACCGCCCAAAGGCCCUCGUGGUUGCGUCCUCUGCUCCAGGGGCGGCCGCAGCCCUCGGGAGGCCAGCCCAUCCUCGCCCCUCCCGAAGUUAUUCUCAGAGCGCACUUCCCUGUGGCUCCGAGUCCCCACAUCCUGCUGUUGUCGGGAGGGUCUUUUCUCGUCGCGAGAAAGGUUUUAGGCCUGAGGUUCGCUCUCCGCCUCUCGUGAGAUCCCAGCAGGCCUCUGUCGCAGAACCCAACUGCCGGAUCCUCUCCGCCUCGCUUUGCGAGCUUGGAGAAGUGCGUCCCUUCUCGCUUGCCUUAUGCCAGGCGAGGCGGGGACCGCACUACAGUGCGACCAGCCGGAGGGGGGAUCGCUCACGUGCGGCACUUUGCUUUCCAGCCAGCGAUACUAGCUCCUGAGAAAACCGCCGUUCAGACGACCAGAAUCAGUAUUAUUUUGUCCUGGGAGUCCGCACAAGGGAGGAAAGGCCAUCUACUGGACCCAGAGAGCGGACGCGCCCCUUUUCUCCCCCUCUGUUCGUAGGAAACGCCCCGAGCCGCCAGAGAGCCGGCGGUGGCGGAGCUGCCUCAGCCUUUGACAGCUCGGCGCGAGCACCUCGGGCCUGAGUCCCAGCUCCCGGGGAGGGACGGGGCGGGGCGAGUGCGCGGGGCGGGGCGAGCGCGAUCCGCGGCGAGAGGAGCGAGCGCGCGAGCCGAGCCGAGCGGUGCCGAGCCGAGCAGGGAGGUACUGGGGAGAGGCAGGCUGAGCCCGCCGGCCGCCUGCGGCUCAGCGCGGAUCGUGCUGCGUCGCCGGGCUCCGCGUACCGCCGCCUCUGCCCAGGCUCCCGCAAAACUUUUAUUCUCUGGGGCUUCCCGGGGUGUCUGAAGGAAUCGGAGCGCUCGGCCGGCUCUGCGCUCCCCUGCCGCGGCGACCGAGGGGACGUGCAUCCCUUGCCCGCCGGGCUCUCGCGUCCCGCGCCUCCUCACCUUGCUGCUGAUCGCUCCCCAGAGCGGCGAGGGGCACUCGCGGAAGGGCCGCGCGGGCCCCAGCGCCCCCGAAUUCUCCCGCCCAUCACCGUAGACUCGCCCGGCGCAACUUUAACUUGAUUCCUCUAGCCCAUCUCGGGCACCAGCGGUGCAGCCUUGCUGCCACCGCUGCCGUCUCGGCCGCCGCCUCACAAAGGGGCGCGGGGAGGGGAGGCGGCGCGGUCCGCGGACACAGGCGCCGGUACGCGAGGCGCGGGCCUCCUUGCCGCCGAGGCCAGGAGACAAAAGGGAAACUGCCUCCGUUCGCCGUGCGGGCUGGGAGCAGCCUGCUCGUCAGCCUCCUGCCCGGCUCCGCGAGUCUCCUCCCCCCUCCCUCGGCUGCUGCUCCGCCUCCCUCCCCGCGGGCUGUCCCCGCAGUGCUCCGGGACCCGGCGAGCCUUCGGGGCGCGCGUCGCUGCUGGUGGCUGGGGCUGUAGCGAUAAUAAAUGAUAGAGGAUACAAUGACUUUGCUGUCUCUGCUGGGUCGCAUCAUGCGCUACUUCUUGCUGAGACCCGAGACGCUCUUCCUGCUGUGCAUCAGCUUGGCACUGUGGAGUUACUUCUUCCACACCGACGAGGUGAAGACCAUCGUCAAGUCCAGCCGGGACGCCGUGAAGAUGGUGAAGGGCAAGGUGGCCGAGAUCAUGCAGAACGAUCGGCUUGGGGGGCUCGACGUCCUGGAGGCCGAAUUUUCCAAGACCUGGGAGUUUAAGAGCCACAACGUGGCUGUGUAUUCCAUCCAGGGCCGUAGAGACCACAUGGAGGACCGAUUUGAAGUUCUUACGGACCUAGCCAACAAGACGCACCCGUCCAUCUUCGGGAUCUUUGACGGACACGGGGGCGAGACUGCAGCUGAAUAUGUAAAAUCGAGACUCCCAGAAGCCCUUAAACAACAUCUUCAAGACUACGAGAAGGACAAAGAAAAUAGUGUUCUGUCUUACCAGACCAUCCUUGAACAGCAGAUUCUGUCAAUUGACCGAGAAAUGCUAGAAAAAUUGACUGUAUCCUAUGAUGAAGCAGGUACAACGUGUCUGAUUGCUCUCCUAUCAGAUAAGGACCUCACGGUGGCCAAUGUGGGUGACUCGAGAGGGGUCCUCUGUGACAAGGACGGAAAUGCCAUUCCUCUGUCUCAUGAUCACAAGCCUUACCAACUGAAGGAGAGAAAGAGGAUAAAGAGAGCUGGUGGUUUUAUCAGUUUCAAUGGCUCCUGGAGGGUCCAGGGAAUCCUGGCCAUGUCUCGGUCCCUGGGGGAUUAUCCGCUGAAAAAUCUCAAUGUGGUCAUCCCAGACCCAGAUAUCCUGACCUUUGACCUGGACAAGCUUCAGCCCGAGUUCAUGAUCUUGGCAUCAGAUGGCCUAUGGGAUGCUUUCAGCAACGAAGAAGCUGUUCGAUUCAUCAAGGAGCGCUUGGAUGAACCUCACUUUGGGGCUAAGAGCAUAGUUUUACAGUCAUUUUACAGAGGCUGCCCUGACAAUAUAACGGUCAUGGUGGUGAAGUUCAGGAAUAGCAGCAAAACAGAAGAGCAGUGAACCCUUCCGGGUCUCGGCUGCCUUCGACUAAAGGACUCCAAACACACUGGUCUCUUUUAAUGUAGUGAAAGGCGUGGGAGUUUCAGUUAGGAUCAGCCACCUAGACGUGGGAUUCCCCUCCCUGUGGGUCAUAGGUCUAUAUCCAGUAAUGAACACAGGGUGCUCUUGGCACAUAGCUGAGAGGCUGGAAAAUGGUUUCUUCAUGUGUUCCCAGUUCUUUCCUCCGAUGUUCCACAUGUAUAAAUAUAUAGCUGUAGAUUCACAUGUAUGAUGCGAACGGCGUAUGUGCCAUCUCCCCUUUGGGGUUCUUUUCAAGACCUCUGCCAGGAUUCUCCAGGCACCAGACUCUGUCCUCUCUUUGGAGCGGUGCAUGGGGCAGACCUCCAGAGCUGCGGGAGACGGGCUGCUGCGGCCGCUGUGAGUCUGGGUGGACGGGUCGAUGCCCGCUGCUGAGAGGCAGAGCCAUCCCGAGGAGGCUUUGUCCUCCUGAGCCCAGCUUUUCUGCUCAGCGGUUGCCCAGACACAGAUUUGAAAUGGUUUAUUAUUCCGUGGCUGCUUUUGGAGACGGAGGGAAGUGGGGAGGGUGAGAGCCGCCUGUACAGCAGACAUAACCUUUUCCCCUGGCUUCCUUUCUUACUGAAAUAGACCCUGGGUACAACCUGACCCGUCUUUGUGUGUUUAUCCUAAUCGUGCAUGACCUUAGCCUUUUGCUUCUACCUUACAUUAUGUAAUAGGCAGCUGUGAAACUUCACCACCAGACACCACGAUUUUUUGUCUUACCAAGAAACCUAUUAGAGGAAAUGAAUAAAGCAAAUCACAAUGCCAUAAUUUCUUCAGUCUUUAAGGGUAGAUAGAGGGAAAUAGAGGCCAAAUAAGUCACAGUGCCCCCUGGGAAAUCUGCUGUUUGCAUCAGGAGAGAAAGCUCCGAUGGUCACCACCCUAAACUAAGCUCCAGCGGCCAUUUUUGGGUGGGUUUCCCCCCCUCCCCCCCCUCCCCCUCCUCCCCCCCCUCCCCCCCCCCUCCCCCCGGCCCUAGUAACUUUCAAGUGUCUUUUAAGCGGUGUUCUGAUAAGCACAGCCUGGAACUGCGUGUGUGUUCCUUGAAGCCAAGUACACCGUUAUCAGCGUGGUCGGGCAUUUGGUGACAAAAUGCUGGCAUGUGGUUCUCCUUGAUGGUGGAAAGGCAGCCGCCUGUAACAUUUGGUUGUAGAUCACUGUCCCCACCAGGUAGCUUUCCCCAGGCAAACACAACCCACUCCACACAGCCCUGCGUUCCGCGGCAACCACGCCGGCAGGGAUUCAAGAUCAAGCUUGUAUUGUUAAGUGGCUCAGAGUUAUUUCAGGGCCAAGUUUGCUGCUCUCCAUGUCCUGUCACCAAAGUCAUCUUUCCAGUGUCAGUAUUUUGUAAAUUAAUUGACAGAGAGUGCCGGGUCAGCCCGUUUGCCUGACUGAGGUGGCUCUAAAAACCAGACAAGAUUUUUGUUGUGUCCCCAUCCAUCCCUCUGUGUCUGAAAUGUCAAGGUGUCCGCUUGGUUUUGUCAUUCUCAAGUGGGCACUUGUCGUUCGAGCCUCUCAAAAGUCCAAUUCACAGGCCACCUGCAGCCCACAGUGCCCCUCCCUCCCCUGCCCUUCUUCAACUGUGGAGCUUUCCUGAAGCAGAUUCCCAGGGAGAGCUUGGAAGGAUGAAAGAUUCCCUUGUGGCUGCCAAGGGCUGCAGCCUGUCUUGAUUUCUCCAAGCACUCACCAUCCUUUGACUGCAAUGAGAAUUAAUAAUGGUUUCCCAAGCGAUUUGCUCACUUUUAUAAACUGUAACAUUAGAAUUUCCAUGUUAGAAUUAGAACCCUGGUUAUUUUAUUUUUUUUUUUUUUAGCUAUAGAAUGUUCUAGUACAAAAUAUCUGUCACCAUUUUAGAUUGAAAUAUUUGCCUAAUGAGAGACCGUGAACUCUUGUAUUUGGGGCAGGGGUCAGGAGAGGAAGGUAGGAGACAGGCUGGUUGUGCUCAGUGAUGGGAUGGGCAAGCCAGGUGGCCUGAGCUUGCUUGGAGAUCUAGGACAUUCUGACUCUGGAGAGUUACCCAAUGCCCACCAUCUAAAGGAACAAGCAGUUUCAGCAUUUUAUGCUACACAGUCCCAUUUCCUUUUUUAUUUUUAACUUAACCCUAAAAUUCAUAUUGACAAGGGAAAGAGAUUUUUAAAUUCCAUGAUCAUUGCUACUGUCUAAAAUGAAAACAGACAUGUUUGGGUGAGGACAAACAAUCAAAGCUACAGGAAAUUAGUGUUUUUUCACCUGCACAGGGUCUUCCUCGUGGUGCUGAGGGCAGCAGUGCUCGCCUUCUCCUCCACCUGAGGUUACCGGGUGUCUUCUACAGUUUGCUUUGUAGAAUUAUUCAUUUCUGAAUUUAACCAUUUAGUGUGUGUAUUUCCUACUCCCUUUCUUUCUGCCUCUUUUCCUCCCACUUUGGUUUUUAGAUUUUUUUUAAAAGACAGACAUUUUAGGCAAAAUAGUAGCUGUUUGAUUAAGAGUUAUGUCUAAAAUCAGAGAGCUUUGCUUCCUUCCCCCAUCCUGGAGCUCUCUCUCUGCCCCUUGUCCAGCUGUUAGGGGUCUGUAGACAUCCCCCCCCACCCCUCGGGGUGCCCUGUGGCUCAUUUUCUAGGGACAAGGGAAAAGUUGAAUCUAGCCUUUAGGCAAAUUGAUUUGAGAAGUUUGCAUGUGAAGCUUCCUUAAACAGCACUGCCAAAGCUUUGGAAUUGUCACAUGAGGCUGCCCAGAUUCCCCAGCCUGAGUUCGCAUUGCCAAUAGCCCCAUGGUGCCAAAUUUUGGGACGGUUUUACAUUCUUUUAGAAAUGACGUGGGAAUGAAUGACCACAUGCUUAUGAGCCCCCAGCAAGACACCAAAUGCAGAUCUAAUGUCUCCUCCAUGCACCACUGCUGCCCCACUGGCAAUCUGUACUCUUAACAUGGGUUGGGACUUGGGGGGCGGGGCGGAGGGGGAGACAAGAUAGGGAAAAUGUUUUUGAAAACUCACUGUAUUUGCAAUUCUCUCAUUAAAGGAGUAGACAAUACUUACAUUACAAACUCCAAAGCUAGUUCCCAAGACCUACAUUAUGUGACCAACUUGCCCAAGGCACUGAGCUCUGAAGUCUAAGUCAGUCUAAUUCUAAUAUAACGUGACUACACAUAUGUACACAUUUGCAGUAACCAGUGGCUACGUUCUAUUCUUUGCCUUAGAUGGAAGGUACCGGCCUCUUGAAUCUUACCUCUAUAAUAAGAGAAUUACAGAGAGUGUUUUUCUAGAGUGAAGGAGCAUAUGCAAUGUGGAUGAUUUAAAACAAGGCUUAUUUCAUACAACUGCAAUGAUUUCAACCCACAUACAUUCUGUGCAAACGGGAUUGCGUGAGGAUGAUGGCAUCAUUUCAAUCCUAUCAGAAGUAAUUCUGGGAAACUGAUUAUUGAAUUGGAUCAUUGGGAUAUCUGUCAAUAAAAUGAAGGAUACACAAGGGAGUGAUCACUUUUUCCUUUGCCAAGUAUAUCUUGAUUUUCCGGAUUUUUUCCCACUGAAUUAUUGCUAGAUCUAAUACUCUUACAACUAUGUCAAUGAAGAAGGUUUGGAAAGGGCAACAUUUCACUGUGCAUUUGAAAGUGUGUGAAUACACGCUUGGGAUGAAGCUUUAUUCUUCCAUGAUUUCAGAAAUGAUUUUUUUUCUCCUUUGAUCCAUCAUCAUUAGACUGCCCUUCCCUUAAUGUUCUAAAAUUGCCUUAGGGCGUCACACCAGCAUUCCUGAACUAGCUCUGCAGAAAUGACCUGUUAGAUACCACCCUGGGGCCUAUGUAAUUGCCUCUAGAUUAAAUCAUUGGUAUCUGGACUUUUUUUUUUUUUUUAAAGAUUUUUAUUUAUUUAUUUGACACACAGAGAGAGAGAGAUCACAAGUAGGCAGAGAGGCAGGCAGAGAGAGGAGGAAGCAGGCUCACUGCCGAGCAGAGAGCCUGAUGCGGGGCUCGAUCCUAGGACCCUGAGAUCAUGACCCGAGCCGAAGGCAGAGCCUUAACCCACUGAGCCACCCAGGUGCCCCGGUAUCUGGACUUUUGAACUACUUAGUUGAACAGGAGUAAUAGAAUCCAGUGCCCCCACAAAGUGUGUUCCAUAGAACAUGAGUUCCAAAGUGAUCUUCCAAAUAUAGGGUUCCAGGGUCAAAUGAGUUUGGGAAACAUACUAUCUUAAAAAGUUAGUGCAUAUAAGCACAUAGAAGGUUUUAAUUUAAAUGUCCUAUGGGUGGACGGUGGGGAGAGGGGGAGAAACACACUGCAUUUGUAAUUUCAGUCAACUCAGGGUUUUCCAGAUUAAUUUGGCCAGAGAAGCUUUUUUGAGUAACACCUAGUAACAUUCCAAGGCCCCUGUGUUCCAUAGGACCCACGUUAGGAAUUUGUUAGGCUGAAUUUGUUAAUGAAAGUGGUGAUAAGAAACAGUAUGACUUAAUAAGACCCUUCAGCAGCUUCCCAUUGAUAACAGAAGCCCAGCAAUCCUGCCUGAAGCCCUGAACUUCUCUCUUUUAUGUUACUAAUAAACAGGAGCCUUGCCAAAUAGCUAGGGAUUUCUCAAAUUUCAUUCCAAGAGCUUUCAGUUGUGCUUUUGAAGUCAUCUUUGCUUUCCAGAUUGAACCAAAAUAAAUAUUUUUACAUUUCAUCACUAUGUGAAAGUUUAAAUAUAUAUAUUUAAAACAAUAGAAAAGGGGGAAAAAGACAUUUGGUUAUAAAUCAUUUUAAAAUUUUAACUAGGUUUUUAAAUUUAUGUAUCCAUUGUAUAAUAAUGGAAAGGUAAACUAUUAACACUUAUUUAUUCUUUCCUUUGUCAUUCUUUCCAGAUUCAAUGAAAUACUCUGAAAUCAAUCAAAGUUCAUUCGUUCUAAAAUCCCUGUCCCAUGUUUUCCCACCUUUGACAUUUUAUGUAUAAGAUUAACUUUGGUGAGUUAUCUCUUGCCUAAAAUGUAGGGCUUGACUAUAGCUCCAGGCUCGUCACUCUCGGCCUGGGCAGGGCUGGGAAGCUCUAGGGAAUUCCGAAAUAAUGGAUGAAACAAAUUUAGUCCCAAACACAGUGCACAGUGAAUUUAGGGUAAAAUCAUUAAUCAGAAUUACCUCCAGUUAUUUAGGAAUACAUCCAUCCUGUGGACAUUACCCAAAAUAGUAAAAAACCGACAGUAGGACUGCUUAAGCUAGGUGGCAGAUUCAGCGGGCAAGUGACAGUGGAAUUAGAUAUGUGCUUCUAAACAUGUUUGGUAAUAUGUAAACUUUUUUGCUAAUUCUUAAUGUUGAUGCUUUGUCCAUUAUUUUUUCUUCUUACCACUGUUUAACUGAGGGUGGAUUAUGAUCAUUUUGAUGUGUUUAGUAAUAACCGCACCAUCAUUUGUACAAUCACUUUAAUAAAGCCAAGUUAAGGACUUUGAA